AUGAAUUUUCCGUCGCCAUAUGCAAGCGUACUUCCACAUCAAAUUCAUCUUGGUAAACCACCUGAAAUUCGGGGAGUAGAAGAAGCUAAACAGCUGAGUCGUAUUCAAGGAUCUCUCCUAGGUCUAGCCGUGGGCGAUGCACUUGGAGCAAGUGUUGAAUUUCGAUCUCAUCAGUAUCUCGUGGUACAUCCCGUUGAGAAGAUGCAAUCUGGAGGCACGUGGAGCUUGAAAGCAGGCCAAUGGACCGAUGAUACUUCAAUGGCAUUAUGUCUCGCCUCAUCUUUGCUGACUACGAAAACGUUUGACCCUUAUAAUCAAAUGGUUCGUUAUAAAUGGUGGUACAAACAUGGUUUUCUUUCAUCCACUGGACAUUGCUUUGAUAUCGGUAGUACGACUCGUCAGUCGCUGGAUCUAUUUUGUCAACGUCAAAAGCAACUCAUGAAAGCUUUAUCCUUAAGAACGGAGAGUGAUGUCGAUAAACUUACCACCGCUGAUGUUAAGCGUAAACAAUCAACAUUUAAUGUUAAUUGCAGUCAACCAGGCAAAGCUGGAAAUGGGGCUCUCAUGCGUCUUGCUCCAGUACCACUCUUCUACUUCCGAAAUCCUCCUCAGGCUGUCGAAUUGUCCGGUGCCAGUGCACGUCUAACUCAUGGUGACAAGAAAGCUGUCGAUGCAUGCCGUUAUUAUGGAGCUCUUAUAGUAGCUGCUAUUCGUGGUGAAUCCCACGAUAGUUUGACCAGUCAAUCUUUCUAUACUGCUCACAAAGAUUGGUUCGGAUCCGAUGAUCUCCAUGAAGAAGUACUUAGUAUAGCCACGGGUUCGUAUCAGAAGAAGGAUGGUUAUGACACAGGUAUUCGGGGUAAAGGCUACGUUAUAGAUGCGCUUAAAGCUGCUUUAUGGGCUUUUUGGAAAUAUCAAGGAUCAUUCAAGGAGGGUGUCCUUGCUGCAGUCAAUCUUGGAGACGAUACAGAUACAACAGCAGCUAUUUAUGGUCAGUUGGCGGGAGCUUAUUAUGGUGCGGAACAUAUUCCUACAGAUUGGGUUGAGAAACUUUAUGCUAAAGAGUUGAUCAGAAAUAUCGGUGAUUGGCUACAUUACGAAGGAGGUUCACUCAUCCCAGAAAAUAAUCAACAAAAGGAAUCAUCGGAUCAGCGAGUUCAUUCAAUGGAUAAGCAUUCAAAUAAUCAGAAUACUUCAGAACCAAUAUCAAUGUCUAUAACUUCAUCACAGUUUCCCAAUUCCGAUUCGUACGAAAUAACAUACCCUGUCUGUGAACCAAGCAUUCAACAAUAA